GAAGAAGAAGAAAUCCCUUAUAGGGGCAGGUUUGACCGUUUGUUUCGUGGUGGAAGCUGGUCUGACCGCAGUGCUGCGGCCUCGGUGUCAAAUGAAGCGAGUGUCCGCCUCGUAAGGUCUCAUUUCGGGGAAGGACGUUCUGCAAUGGACCGAUUUGCUACAGUGGAGCAUUACACAGCAGCCAUGGUGCUGAGUGGUGCUGGUGAUGCUCUGGGCUACAGGAACCAGCUCUGGGAGUAUAAUGAGUCUGGACCAGCUAUUCACCGGGUCAGUGCUGCAACACCAGAGCAACCUGAGGAGCUGCAGGAGCUCGGUGGUUUGAAGAACAUCAAGGUGGAGCUUCCUGAUUGGCCGGUGAGCGACGACACAGUUCUACAUCUGGCAACAGCUGAAGGACUGGCAACAGGAAAAACAGGGGAGGAGCUCCUGCAUGAGGUGGCCGCUCGUUACGUGGAGGCCAUGAAAGACAUGGACGGGAGGAAGCCAGGGCCUUCAAGCAUUCUGGGUGUUUCCCAACUGAAGCCUGGGGAAGAAGAGGGCUACAGAGUGCCGUAUAACCCCGACGGUACAGGCUGUGGAGCAGCAAUGAGGUCCAUGUGCAUUGGUCUGAAGUAUCCGAAGCCUGACCAGCUGUUGUCGCUCGUGGCUGUUGCCGUGGAGACAGGCCGGAUGACCCAUCCUCACCCUACCGGUUUCCUGGGGGCCGUGGCCUCAGCCCUGUUCGCCUCGUACGCCGUCCAGCGCCGGCCGUUGACCACCUGGGGUCUGGGCCUGAUCAAUGAGGCCUGCCCCAUAGCGAGGACGAUCGUUCAGGGUCGGGGCUUCGCUGUGGAGGAGACGGAGCGUGACUGGGGAUAUUUCUGUGACAAGUGGCAGUGGUACCUGGAUCUGAGGGGCCUCUCUAAUGGAGUGGGACCUUUGUUCUGGCCCUCCUCCUACGGCCCAUCUGAGAGGGAUGAGGCCUAUAAGAGCUUCAGUCUGUCGGGCUGGGCGGGACGCAGCGGCCACGAUGCUCCAAUGAUAGCGCUGGAUGCCUUGCUGGGCGCUGGUUCAGACUGGGAGGAGCUGAUGAACAGAGCUGCUUUCCAUGGAGGUGACAGUGACAGCACAGCAGUGAUCGCCGCCUGUUGUUGGGGUCUUCUUUACGGCACCAAGGGGGUCCCCGAAGGGAACUACUGCAACCUGGAAUACCGGGACCGACUGGAGCGCUGCGGCGAGCAGCUCUACACCCUGUCACACCAAGACAGCAGCAGCCUGCAUCAGUGAAGGGAAACUAGGCCACGCUGAUGCAGAACGUGCCGCCAUGCUCAGUUGACCGAGUGCUCUCAUUGAGCCACAAAAUGUGUUGUUGAAUCUGCCUGAAGGGGAAAGACUGGCCCACUAACCCAAAGACUCAUUUAGUGUCACAGGAAGAGGGUGGUGUUUAGAGAAGUCCCCCUAGUGGUUGUUUCACUAACCUGCAGAGCAGCUCUACGGGGCUGAAUAAAUGUAAGGAAAUGAUGGGAAGUGAAUGCAGAAAGCCCCUCAGGAGGUAAUCGGCUCAUUUUGUCGACCUGAAAUAAUGGCUGCAAAUUAAAUGCACUCUUGGUACACACUGAUGAAAUAUACAUUUGUUUCAUUAAAGCUGUUUCAUAUGAGGAGGAACACUCGCCGCCUCCAUUAAAGCACCAUUAAUUAUGCAAUAAAAAGAAACCAAUGAUUGUA